AUGGUGCUCCAACCCCAGAACAUCGAUUCCUUUGAUUUCAUCAUUUGCGGAGGGGGUACAGCUGGCUGUGUGGUGGCUGCGGGCUUAGCAGAGGACCCGACGACAACUAUCUUAAUCAUUGAGGCUGGUUCGCACAUUAAAGAUCUUGAGAAUGUGCACAUGGUGGGCGGCUGGUCGGGAUUGCUUGACAAAGAGAGUGAUUGGAAUAUCAUAACAACUCCCGGAACAGGAAUCAACAAUCGACAAGUAAAGCUGAGCAGAGGGAAACUUCUUGGCGGCUGCUCGGGCUGUAACGGUACGCUUUGUAUACGCGGAUCUAAGCAAGACUAUGAUGACUGGCAUAUGCCAGGUUGGAGCGGCGAAGAAUUUUUUGCAUACAUGCGCAAAGCCGAGUCGUUUGUGAGCAAGCCUUGGUUCAAGGCAUCAAAAUCGUCUCACGGAUACAGCGGUAAACUGGGUGUAGAGCCACAUGAUCUGGCUCCCAUCUCGAAGCUCGUUCUGCAAUCGAUGCAGUCCAAGGGUCUCCCGCUCGACGAUGACAUGUUUUCGCACGGAGAAAACCCUCAUGGUUGCGGACAUGUACCCCGAACGGUAACGAAUGGUGUACGAACAACAGGGGCUGAUUUUAUCACGAAUGCGAAUGCCAGAAAUAACAUCACGAUUCUGGCAGGUUCUCAUGUUCAAAAGGUCAUUCUAGAGCGCGGCCCAGAUGGAGAACUUAUGGCUACCGGGGUCAAGGCUCUUUCGGGAGAUGGGCAGAUAAUUCAAUUUACCGCUAAAAAGGAGGUUAUUGUAAGUGGUGGCGCUUACUGCAGCCCGAACAUCUUGAAUCGGUCGGGAAUUGGCGCCAAGCAAGAGCUUGAGAAAGCCGGGAUUACUACCCUCGUUGACUUACCCGGCGUUGGAAAGAAUUUGAUGGACCAUCUAAUCGUCUUCAUCUUUUAUGAAACCGACCAGCCCGGUUUAACCAAUGACCACCUCGUCCAUCACAAAGACGCCUUCGCCAAAUCAUACGCUUUGUGGAAAGCUGAGAAGAAAGGCUUCUUGUCGACAUUCCCAUUUGGCGCAUUUGCUUUUGCUCGCCUUGAUGAGCGCUUGAGUGAAUCCGAACUGUGGAAUAAGGCCCCGAGAGAACAAGGCCGCGAUCCAAUGGGAUUGACACCGGCGCAGCCUAGUAUUGAGUUCUUUACAACCGAAUGUUAUGGAGGCCCAAAGCAAUUUUCCGAUUUUCCUGUUGAUGGAAAAUCGGCGUUCAGUAUUAUAGUAGAGCUUUUUGGCUCUAGGUCCCGAGGAACAGUGGCUCUGAAAGAUGCAAACCCGCUGUCGGCCCCCAUUGUCGACUGCCAGUAUUUGUCUGACCCUCUCGAUGUGGAGGUUUUAGCAGAGGCAUGCCACUUUGGGAAUGAAAUCAUCACGCAAGGCUCGGGAACCAAAGACAUUGUCAAGGGCUCCUGGCCACCUGAGGCUGCUCACCACACAUUCUCUUCCCGCGAGGAAUGGGUGCCGUAUGUCAAGAAUAAUGCAACGACUUGCUAUCACGCCGCCGGUACAUGUCGGAUGGGUGACUUGUUGGAUGAGCGCACCGUUGUUGACCACAAUCUCUGUGUGAAAGGGGUGAAGUCGCUGAGGGUUGUCGACGUUAGCAUCAUGCCGAUUCUCCACGGUGGCCAUACGCAGAUGCCUGCAUUUGGUAUUGGGGAAAAGGCAGCCGAUCUGAUCAAGAAAUCAUGGCAAGUCGUAGAAGUAAAAAAACCUGCCAAAGCAGUUUAG